AUGGACCAAAAAAUUGAAUUAUUAAUAAGUAUAAUAAAGACAUGGACAAACAGAUAUGCAUACAAAAUAUACAUCAAGGGAAAAGAUGACGAAAAACAAGAAAACUAUUAUAACGUCAUAUUUUUUUACCAAAAUGAAAAUGAGUCUAUAUCGAAGUGUACGAUAAGUGCAUUUUUCACCAUAACAGAAGUUAAUUUAAUAGACUUAAAAGACUUUAGUACACUUCCUAAAAUUAAUGAAAAAUAUUUUGUAACUUUUAAAUUUGAAAAUGAAAAUUUGACAAGAACGUUAGAUAUGAAUCUAAACUACGAAGCCUGGAUUGAUAAACUGAUAAAGGACAAACAAAAAUUGAGAGGAAACAUAGAUUUAACAUCAGAGUACAUGAGAACUAGGUUUAUUAAACCCGCUAGUGAAAGUAACAUUGAAAUAAUUUUAAGCCAAAUUAAAGAAGAAAGAGAAGAAGGCCGAAAAAAGGACGAGAACGAAAAAUUAUUAAAAGAAAGAAAGAAAAAAUGUUUGAAAACGGAAAAUGUGAUACACAAAAAAUCAUUUUAUGAAGAUAUAUACGAGUUAGACCAUACUAAUUCUCAAGCAGAUUUCAAUACUCCAGAUAGCAAUGAUAACGAAUCGGAAAUAAGAAUUACAAAAAAUGAAGAAAAUGACAAAUUAAAUGAAGUGUUGUCUUUUUUGAAAAGUAACCUCUACUACUACUUCACAGACGUGGACAUUAACAAAAAGGGUAAACUAAAACAUAACUACUACGUCGAAAUACUAAAAAUGGUGAACCACAAAAUGUGUAUUAGCCGUCGUUAUUUAGAACAGAUGAGACAAGAUGAAGAAAAAGAAGACAUCGAUUUUGCAAACUCUUCUUACAGGUAUUUUUUUUGUGAACAAGAUGAGGUAUCAAGCACAAGCACAGGGACAAACACAGAUGACAGUACUAAUGAAAAAGAAUUAUAUUUACAAAAUAGUGUUCAAAAAAAUAAAACAAAAAAUAAGAAAAUAAAUAGAAAAGAUGAUAAAAAGUAUUUAUCUAAUUUAUUUAAUGUUAGUAAUAAAGAGGUGGAUCUUAUUAAAGAUAUUAGUAUAUAUAAAAAUAAUAAUUUUAAUGACUAUAAUAUAUUUUUUGAAGAGUCAUAUAAGGUACCGCUUAAUUCUGAAUAUUUCCUUUUUAACAAAGACAAUGAAUAUUAUAAAUUUAUUUUUACUGAUAAUUAUUAUGAUUUCUUACUAUAUAUAUCUUAUGCUGAUGAAGAAGAAAAUGGAUGUAUAUAUUACAACAAUUAUAUAAAUAGCUUACCAAGAUAUUUAUAUGAAUUAAAAAAAAACAGAGAACAAUUUAGCAUUAUGAGUUUAGACAAUUUACUUUUGUAUAAGCAAUUAAUGUAUGUUUGUUAUGAAAAUGAAUUAAAUUUUAUGUAUGAUAUUUUUUUUCAACAGUUCAAAAAAUUUGAUCUAUCUGAUAGUGGGUAUAUUCACCGAACGAAUUUGAAAAAAAUACUUGAACAAAAUGAUCACAUUUUAUCAAGACAAGAAUAUAAAAUAUUACUCCAUAUUUUUCAUUACAACGAUGAUAACUAUGUGUAUUAUAAGAACAUUAAAGAAACUAUCCUAAGAUUAAGAUUUGAAGCCAUAAAAAACAGUAUAUUUGAAAGGGACAAGAAAUUGCUGCAAAAGUAUUUGUGCGAAGAAUUAAUAAAGAAGGGUUUAAAAAAUAAAAAGAAGAUGCAUAUAUUUGAUUGCAAGAGUGUUUUAGAUUCUUGUGAUAAAUUAUACCUAAAUAAAAACACUAUUCAUAUAAUCCUGUCCUCCUUAAAUUUCGAUGAAAAUUUAGAGCUAGAUGUAGUUCUAUUUCUAAAGGUUUCCAUCACUAUUAUUAUUAAUAGUAUAAAAUUGGAAAAUAUGCAGAUGAUAUACAAUAUAAUAACAGACGAAAAAGAAAAGAAAGAGGAGUUUCAAAAAGAAGAAUCGAAUGGUCCCUCUAAAAGGAAAAAGACUAAUAAAAAGAAUGAAAAGACGAACAUACCUGCCUUAGAAUUAGUCGAACGUACAUUAACAAAGUUGUUCAAGGUGUUAGAUGAAAAAAAUGAAGAACACUUAAAAAUAAUCGAUUUCAUUGAAACCCUGCUGGAGUCAAAUCAGAAAAAGAAAAUUAUUGACAUAAAAGAAAUAUGCAAAUUAAGUAAAAAUGAGUUACAAGGUUUUGUGGCGGAGAUAGAUACUGAAUCAAAAAAAAAAAAAAUUCUAAAAGAGCCACUAAAUAAUAGCAGUUUUGAGUUCUACAAAAACCAGAAAAUUCAUUAUGCCUCUCAUAUACAUAAAUGGUGUUCCAAAACGUAUCAAAUAAGGUCAUGCGAAUAUUAUAGCUACUUUCUGAACUACCCUGAUAGCUUAACGGAACUUGAUGACGAGAUGAAUAUACAGUUGAUAUUUUGUGAGGAAGAAAAGGAAUAG